AUGGCAGGUCUCCUGCUCCAGUCCCUGCUGAUCCUACUGCUAUCCUUAGCCCUGAGAUCUGCUGGACAAGCCCAAGAUACCAGGGCAAGGAUUGUGAAUGGAGUUCAGUGUCCAAGAGGCACCCACCCUUGGCAGGUGGCCCUGUAUGAUAAGGGUGUGUUCCAGUGUGCAGGAGUGCUGGUCAGCAAGCAGUGGGUGCUCACGGUCGCCCACUGCCUCCUGAGUGAGUAUGUUGCUCAAAUGGGCAGCGAUCUUCUGGUUGAUGAAAAUGCCCAGAAGAUCAGGGUCACAAAGUUGUUCCUCCACCCUCGGUAUGACCCAACCACAAACAUUCAUGACAUCAUGCUUUUGAAGCUGAGCAGCCCGGCCAAGCUGUCACCCUCCGUGAGGACGAUCAGUGUGCCCUCCAGCUGCAGACAGCCUAGGAGAAACUGUGCUCUCUCUGGCUGGGGCAACAUCUCCACACAUGUAGUGAAAAAUCCAUCAGAGCUCAUGUGUUCGAAUGUCCACCUCAUCUCCUACAAGGACUGCAAGAAGUUUUACCCGACCCUGUUGAGGAAAUUCACGAUCUGUGCUGCUCCCCACGACAAAUUCUCUGUUGCCUGCAAAAGACGAUGCGUCUCUUCCCAUUGGACAGGGCUGGACCCAGACGUGAUCACCGCGGGCCGCCGGAGACCUCAGCGCUAG